AUGUCGUCGACCGACACAACCGCCGCCGCGGCGCGACCCGACAUUGUCGGCCCGGAGGCCGGGCCCGAGGCGCCGUACCCGCUGCGCAUGGAGGGCAAGGUCAUUUCGGGCUUUGGGCGCGGGUCAAAGGAGCUCGGUAUCCCAACCGCCAACCUCCCCGUCGACGCCUCCCUCACGCCCUGGAUCGCCGACGCCAAGUCCGGCGUCUACUUUGGCUACGCAGCUCUCGACCUCCCCGCCUCCCACCCCAACGCCGCCGCCAACUCCAGCACCAGCAACGGCACCGCCGACCCCUCUUCCACCACCACCACCACCACCACCACCACCAACUCAUCAUCCCCCUCCUCCCCCUUCGCCGUCUUCCCCAUGGUCAUGUCCAUCGGCUACAACCCCUUCUACAAGAACACGGUCCGCAGCGCAGAGGUCCACGUGCUGCACCGCUUCGCCGCCGACUUCUACGGCUGCCACAUGCGCCUCCUCAUCCUGGGCUUCGUCCGCGAGGAAAAGGACUACAAGAGCCUCGAGGCCCUCAUCGACGACAUCAGCUUUGACUGCGACGUCGCAAGGAAGAGCCUCGCGCGCGAGAACUGGAGCCCCAGCGGGGCGUCGGCCGAGGGCGCAGAGUGGCUCGUCAAGCCGUUAUAG